CGUGCGUCAUCGGACCCCCACAGUCUCUCUCUACUUGUCUCCGCGUACCGAACCUGAUUCGAUCAAGGUCCCUUACCUCAACUCUUUGAUUAUUCGGACUCAGUCCCGGAUGAUCCCAAGGCGUGCGGCUGAAUCAAACUUGCGGAAUUGAUCUGCUUACGAACGUCCUUCGGCCCCUCAACCGACGAAUUCAUCUGUCCAGCAUGCAUAUUUACCCCCUCUUGUCAACUUCGCCAUAGGCCCGACAUUCAUCUCAUUCGCGAAAGUGAGCUACCGAGGAACCUAGGGUACCUCAAGGUACCUCGCCUACCUCAGGAAGGGCAGAAGGAACCUACGCGUCGUUCCGAUCCUUCCGAAACCAAAAAUAAAAUAAAAAAUCCACACAGCCCGCGCCAAUUCGAACCGUGUGCGAAUAAGCAGCAAACCAUGGGUAACAGCAUCAACAACGACAAACCCUUGUCGCCGUUUGCUGAGAAGCAUAUAUCCUUUGAUGAUGGCCACUCGAGCGCCUCUGACGAGGACCAGAAGGCGGUAGAGGUCCUCUUCGAUCCUACAAACCCUUACAGGCGCAAAAGCUCUCUCGUGGCCUCGGAGGCCACUUUAACACGACCCCGACGCGCGCCGCUACCUACUCCCGAUAAGGCACAGUGCAUUGUCCACCAACUCAUAGAGAGUCAGAGGAAGCUGAGUGAGGGAAGCAACCAAAAUAGCCAGGAUCAUGGACCACAUAACGCCGUAACCGGCGAUCGCCAGAAAGAGCGACGCAAAGGCCGCAGCAGUCCCUUGUCGCAAGCACUCCACCCAUCUGUAGAGCAGGGAGGGGACAAAGCUGUUGAUCCCGUGGGAACAAGCAGCCGUGAAAGCAGCAAUGGAACCGCUAAUCCCGGUCUGAAGCGCCGCUUCGACUAUCUCGAGGCUCCUAGCGAUAGCAGUGAUGCAGGACAAGUCGAUGAGCAUCAUUGGCGGCAUCGCAUAUCCAAAUCCCAGGCUGACAUCGACAUGGCCGGUCCAUCCGCGGAUCUACCAGAGGUCCUGCACAGUCGGCUUCUCACCAAGAAGCAGCUAAGCGAGAUGGCAUGGGGUGUGCGCGAGCUGAGCCGUCGCCUUGGCAGCAUGCGACUGAAGUUCCGGGUCAAAUCCAUCUUCCUCCUCACCAAGAUCUACGACGAGGACCUCAUACCCAAAACGCGUGAACUUACCCGUUGGCUGUUGGACAAGGACAGAGAUGUCAAGUAUACCGUCUGGGUCGAAAGGUCUCUCAAAGAAAAUAAGAAGUUCGACGCCCUUGGCCUCCUCAACGAGCUGCAGCAUGACUACCAGUCAAGUGGAGACCCGGCGGACGAGGAGGGUGCCAAAGGUGUGUCGCGGCGUUUGCGGUACUGGGACGAGAAUAUUUGCCGGACGCGCCCUCACACCUUUGACUUUGUAAUAACGCUUGGCGGUGAUGGCACUGUACUUUAUGCAAGCUGGUUGUUCCAGCGUAUUGUGCCGCCGGUCUUGAGCUUUGCGCUGGGUAGCUUGGGUUUCCUCACAAAGUUUGACUUUGAUGAGCACAAAGACAUUCUGACAACAGCCUUUAACCAUGGAGUCACUGUUAGUCUGAGACUCAGGUUCGAAGGGACCAUCAUGCGGAGCACCAGACAAAAGAAAGUGGAUGAGGCUGGAAACUCGAGCGCGGCUAGUGAUGAAUCUACAUCACCAAAAGACGAAAGAGUGGACGCCGAAGCCCAGAAGAAACGUGAUCUAGUGGAGGAGCUCAUCGGCGAGGAGAAAGACGACGAGCACACACACAGGCCAGAUGGAACCUACGAAAUAUUGAACGAGGUUGUCAUUGACAGAGGUCCCAACCCAACAAUGUCAUAUUUGGAGAUAUUUGGGGACGAUGAACACUUCACGUCGGUGCUGGCAGACGGAAUCUGCGUGUCAACUCCGACAGGCUCGACAGCCUACAAUCUAGCAUCAGGCGGUUCGCUCUGCCACCCAGAAAACCCAGUCAUGCUUGUUACGUCCAUCUGUCCACACACUCUUUCUUUCCGACCCAUCAUCCUUCCAGACACCAUUGUCCUUCGUGUCGGCGUCCCUUACGGGGCGAGAACCGGCUCGUGGGCCAGCUUCGACGGGCGGGAGCGCAUCGAGCUGCACCCUGGCGAUUAUGUCACCAUCAGCGCCAGCAGAUACCCCUUCGCCUCAGUGCAGGCGCCCGGUAGACGCAGCGAAGACUGGGUGAACAGUAUCAGUGCUAAGCUUGGAUGGAACACGAGACAGAAGCAGAAGGCUUUCAGCGAGUGGCAGACUUGAUUACUGAUCGCACAUCUGAAUGCAUAGUUCAGAACAAGUGCUUUUCACUGCGAUACAGGAGUUGUCGCAUGCUGCAUCAUCGCUCUCGUUAUCCCCCAGCUGGCAGGAUCUCGAAACCUGUCGAAUAAACUCCAUCUCAUCAAGUCUAUCAGUGCUUUGGUACACGCUGGUCACAGUGAGUGGCAGGCAAGCAGACCUAGCUCUACAUCUUUUGCAUAGAUUACAUAGCUAUUGCUCUUACUUGUUAGCAUUCACGAUGGCCUCUUAACGGAUUCACUCGUUCACCCCCGCCGUUCUUAUCUCCUGAAGCCUGCGACGACGAGUUGGUUGCGAUACGGUCACGGUGUACAAAGGAAGGUGGAACAAAAGUCCGUGUGUGUGGUAUGAUGUACAGCUUCGGUGUCAUUGAAUGCGAUGUACAGCGUGAGCUAUUAGUGGAACUGGGAUACUCACGCACUAAAACUGAUCAACCUACUGGCGGUGAUCUUCGUCAUCUCUUGAUAUACAAAGCACAAGAUGAACGAAUCUUGUGUCAGGUAGGCUAUGUCUGCGUGGUAAAAAGAGGCAUCUUCCUUGGAGUGGCGCGAAUGUUCUUUUUUUUUUGUCGGGAUCAGCCGACCGGAACAGCCAUGUCACAGCCGAUCUGACAAGUAGAUCCCCGACCCAUCCCUCUCUCCGAUCCGCUUCAAGGAAAGUGCCAUACCGUUUGAGGACUUUCGCCCUCGACUCAAUUCUCCGCAGACCAAAGUUCAAGGUAGCCUACAACAACCCUGCUAUACCGGAACUCUCGCUUGGCUCACCUACGAUUUUUUUUAUUUUUUUUUUUACCAUGAGACCUUGUAUGUCCCCCCAGCCCGUCACCGACCUGGCUGCCUGGGCGAUUAGAAGAUCCAGAGUGCAAAUCAAAACAGGCAGAUUUCUCCGUGUAACUGUUUUUGAGCAAGGCUAUGACGUCGAGACCAAAAAGCUGUCUUUUUCCCCGUUCUCGUUCAUUGACAUGAUACACACGCGUUGUUGCUCUAGGUGUCUUGGACCGUCGGCGAUAUUUCCAUGAUCUUUCCACCUGCCCAGCUGAGAUUGCAACAAAAUUAGAAACAGAGGGAGAAGAGAAAAUAAACCCCCAAAGGAGAGAAUCCAGGCAUGUACAGAAAAGAAAAAAGAAGCAAGAAUUACUUUUAGAAUACAAUCGGUUCUGGCUG